GCAGAGAAAAACGUGCUCGAAAGAUCGAAAGGCGAAAUGCAGUCCCGUGCGCACAAAGACAAGGACAGUUCAUCUAAAACGGGUAAAAAAGAAAAAAGGAAACUGGAAGACAUGGAAACGGAGGAGACGCCCAACAAAAGACCGUCUUUUCCGCCAUUAUCCGGUGAACAAUUGAUGGAAGGGAAGAAUGAAGUAAGGAAAAUACCCGUACCUCCCAAUAGAUAUACUCCAUUGAAAGAUAAUUGGAUGAAAAUAUUUACUCCGGUUGUGGAACAUUUACAUCUUCAAAUUAGGUUUAACCUUCGUACUAGAAAUGUUGAAAUUAGGUCUUCAAAAGAAACAAAAGAAAUCAAUGCAUUGCAGAAAGCAGCUGAUUUUGUUAAAGCAUUUACUUUGGGAUUUGAAGUAGAAGAUGCUUUAGCAUUACUCAGAUUAGAUGAACUUUUUUUAGAAUCCUUUUCAGUCACGGAUGUGAAACCAUUGAAAGGUGAUCAUUUAUCUAGAGCUAUAGGAAGAAUUGCUGGAAAUGGAGGAAAAACUAAAUUUACCAUUGAGAACGUCACCAAAACAAGGAUUGUUUUAGCAGAUUGUAAAGUGCACAUAUUAGGUUCAUAUAGUAAUAUACGAAUGGCAAGAACUGCUAUAUGUAACCUCAUAUUGGGAAGUCCCCCGUCUAAAGUAUAUGGUAAUAUGAGAGCCGUGGCUGCAAGAGCAUCAGAACGAUUUUAAUCUGCUGUUGUGUAGAACAUUGAUCAAUUUUACUUCAAGCACUACACAUGAUCUGACCUCAAUGCCUUUAUGAAGAAUACGGCUCAAUAAUAAAUUCAUUUAU